UGACCUUCCGGCUAAAAACCAAUAAACUAUCGCUGUUUUAUCAGGCUUCGCUGAGAAAUACCGUAAGGAAUUUUAAAUGAAAGUAAUUCACUUCAAUUCUUCCACCUGAUUGGACUUAUUUGAUAAGUUUGUACACAGAAGGUUCUUUAAAUGUACGAGUCGUAUAGUUUUGGGUUUCAAAUCAGAGAGUAGGUGUCCUUAUCUUACAGUAGUUUAUAUUCACGUCACGCACCUGAAGGCGACGCCCUUUCAAUGCUAGUCGUAUAUAUCGUCGCUGUUAAGUAGAGGGUCCACAAGAUUAGGUGUGCGAUACCAUAUACAUAAACCCGUCACUCAACCAAAUCUUAUUCAACUAUAGAUAAAAAAAAUCUAAGUAGACGAAAUGUUUUCUUUAGAAUUAAAGAAUAGUUGUUUACCCUAACUCUUACUUGAAGUAUUUAUAGUGUCUCUUACAAACUGUACACAGUAUACGGAUAGUGAGGACAUCGUCUCUUCACUGUGACAUUGGUUAAAUGAGUUCUAUGUAAUUACGUGGAAAGGGGAAUUACAUCGCUAAUGACAGCAGAUUCUCGCUGAAGACAGACAGCAUGGUGUGAAUCAACCUGACUCGAUACAGACCUGACGGAUCGCAUCAUGGACGGGAAUGACCAAAACCCCGGUCGAGGAGACAUUCUAGACGUGCAUACGGGUACCCAGAGACACUUCUUAAUAACAGAGGUCAGUGGUUUCACGACCUCGACCGAAGCCAGCAUCUUAGAGACAGAAACGGAUGCUGAGGCUGUGACAGAGUCGGUUACUGAAACGAAAGGCGAUGAAGAUAUUCAGUCAGCGUCCGCAACCCAAAACGAUCCUACACAAAGAAAAACACCAAAUGAAGGGUUGGUCGUGAAGCCGGAUUCUGUAAAUGAAAAUUUGAACACAGAAAAAGAUGAGGAUAAUGCUAAUACAGAGAACAUUAAGUUGAGUGAUAAUACUGUUCCAAAUGUAACGCCGUCUCCUCCAGUGAAAGAACGCAGUAAGUUGGCCUUGGAACUGGACAGGCUUCAGGCAGAGGAUGACAUACGAGAGGAACGCGCCAAGAGGAAGUUUAAAAGGGACGUCAGGAGAACAAAGCGUGCUAUGGACAAAGCUCAGAGAGAAAAGGGCGUUGAACUCUACCCUGACAUCAACAAAACCAAGGCUGCCAUAAAAAAGGUUCAAACAGACGAGGAAAAAUUUGCUUUAACAAAAGAGCGAGCUAAGUUAGAUGAGGAAACAGACAAAUUGAAACACGAAAUAGACGAUAGGUUUGGUAUUCUCUUGAGAGAGAAGCGACCCGACAUUACAUCUCUGGCAGAAAACGUGUUUUCUAGGACUCGUGGAGAUUCCGAAUUUCCUAGUCAUAUAACACGGGUGCUCACAAGAUCGGAGAUCGAAGAUCUACGGCUGGUGUUCGGCAUGUUCGAUGUGAAAGGGAAAGGGUACAUAAAUGACAAGGACAUCAAGAGGAUUGUGAAGAUGCUUGGAUUCCGUGCUUCUGCCAAGGUGUUUGAUGGCAUGAUCAGAGAGCUUGCUGGUGAUACUGGCCAUGUGACAUUUGUCAAUUUCCUAGAAUUUAUCAUAAAGAGUCAGGGAGAUGGACCAGACCCCUUUUAUGAAAUCAAACAGGCCUUUGAGCUGCUGGACGAGGGUGAAAAGGGUUACGUGACAUUUGAGGAUUUACGCGAGGCUGUAGAUGACAAUAAACUGACAUUUUCUAAUCAGAUGUUGAAGGAAAUGUUGCAAGAAGCGGACAAAUCUGGGGAUGGAAAAUUAACGUUACAGGAAUACACCCAGAUCAUGUUACAUACAAGUCGAUUCAAGUUUGCUUGACACCCUAUCAAGCUUCUAUAUACAAGAAUGUAAAUAUGAGAAUUUUGAAUUAAUAUAUGAAUAUCGGUCACCAUAUUGUAAAGUUAGAGUUUCAGUUGUUUCAUGCAUUUUGAAACAAAAAUUACGUUUCUUUUCUAGAAAUUGUCAAUUAUUUUCUCUAUAAAUUUAAUUUUGUCAAUUUUUUGUGAUAAAAAAACCCUUGAAAAUUCAUACAGCUGCAUGUAAUUUUAGUAUUACAUAAUUUACAGUGUUCAAAAUUUGCUAAAGUCUUAUAAAUGAAUAAAAUGAAAUGAAAUAAUUGAUACCACUUUUUUUCUUGAUAUUUACUUUUAUAUCCUUUAAAACGUUUAAAUAAUAAUAAUUUUUGUUAUCUUCAAAAUUACAUUUUCAGUUGAUUUAAUGCAUUAUUUGACUGUUAUUAUGUUGAUACAUAAAAAGAAAAACCCCAACAUGUUAUGAAGAAAUAAAACAAAAGAAAUGA